AUGGACAGCCAGGCACCCGGUGGCGGCCCAGGAGGCGGCCCAGGAGGAGGCGGCGGCGGCGGACAAGACUAUCUCGAUAAAGCCCUUGAGUCCGCCGAGAAGAAGUUCGGAAAAGGCAAAAUCGAUCCCCAAAAGGCCAGGGGACUGAACGAGAAGGUCACUGAUUUUGCGAGGAAUACUUUUGAGAAAGUAACUGGAAAGAAAGUGCCCAAGAAGUUCUCCAAUUAA